AAUUAAUUAGAAGAGAAUAUCUAUAUGAUAUGGGAAUUGAUCUAGAAUAUAUAGAAUCGCUAAAUACUCAGGCAAUUAAAACUAAAAGAGCCACUAACCAAAGGAGUGAUCAAAGACUGAUUAACUUAGAAUCAGUAGAACCAGAAAGUAAUAAUUAA